ACAGGAAAAGAUGGCCGUGAUGGACGAGAUGGCAGUGGAAUAAAGGUUGGCUUUUUUAAGCUUCAAACAUUGCUUUCUCUUUUUGCUUGAAAAGUUCAGAAAUUCAAAUCAAAUGACCCAGGGAGCUGUAUGUUUCCAAUAAAAUGGUCUCUGUUGUGUGAACGUAUCAAAUUGCCAAAAAAAUAGGUUUUUUUGGACAUUUGGGCUUUUUUCUUUCCAGAGAAAGAAGAAUAAGAUAUAAAAUUAUUUUCAAAAACUUAAUAAUUUAGUUAAAUGUUCUUGUGUAACAACCAACGUUUAGGGUCACUGUAACCAGAUAGUUUGCAAAAAAUUAAACAUGACUAAAAAGAUAAUACAAAUUAUGGACUUAUGAUAAAAUGGAAUACAAGUCUAAAAUAGUGAGCCAACUUUUUAAAGUUGGAUCACUGUGUGUUGGACAAAUUGCUACAUAACACUAUUUGAUUUGCUUUUUUUCCUCACUGAUUCAGUUGUAAAACUUGCUGUUGGCACAAUUAUUAAAGAGGAAAAGCACCUGCUCAUGUUUUUAAAAACGGAACACAUAAAUUUGAAUAAAUUUUAUUGCGUACACUGUACCUCAGUUAAUUAUUUUAUUAUAAUAAAAUGUAACUUCACACUUUCAUUUUUUACGAAAUGAUACCUAUCUUGUUGACAGUUAAUGGUGGCAAUAUGCUGGCUCCUAAUGUGGGAAGUUAUGGGGGGUUCAAAGGCGAUUGGGUUAAGAUUUAUGUAGUGUAUCCUUCCUUUGAUACCUUGUUCUAUGGUGAUACCUCUAGUGUUAAUGCAAUGACUAAGCAGCUGUACAUGUGUAUAUAGAUAAACUCAGACCAAAUGUUAAAUUUAAAUGGUUGGCCUGAAGCUGUUUUGAUUACUUUAAUUUAACAAAAAAAGUGAAAAAAGGUGCACUAUGUGUUGAUUCUUGAUUUUUUUGUUAUAAUGAUAAGUAAAUAAACUCAUUUUAGUGGUAGUACUUGUAUGUCCAUGAAGCUAAUAUAAAUAAAUAAAAUUAGUAGUUAUUUUUUCAGUGAUAGUUUUUGCAGUUUUGGUUUCACUUUUAUUUGUAAAUAUCUAUGUUAGGGAGAAAAAGGAGAAACAGGGAUGCCAGGAAAAGAUGGAAAUGCUGGCGUCAAGGUAUUAUUGACAUGUACUGCUUUUUAAAUAGUGGUUAUGAGUUUCUGGAUGCAUAUACUUCCAUAAAACGUCAUUGAAUAUAAAUUUAAGUUGAAUGAUGCAAAAUCAUCCAAAUCAUAACCAGACCAAUUAACUUUAUUUUGAUCUCCACCACACUAAAGACAAGCAAACUGGCUAUUCUCUUAGCAUUUGUAUUAAAAAUAAUAAUGAUGAUAAUGAUGAUGAUAAUAAUAAUAAUAUUAAAAUAAUAUUAAUAUUCAAAGAGGGAGCUCAACUUCCCAUGGCAGUUUUAAGUGGGUCCUUCAUUAAAGUCACAAAAGUAAUUAAUUUAUAAAAAGUAAAAACUUGCUCAAAAAUGAAAAAAAGAGUUAAGAUCAUAAAAUUCGCAGUAAAAAGUACGACUUUUUCCUAGAGUAAGAAGUUCCCAUAACAUUGUUCCUUAUUUUAACUUUAAGGUUGCUGAGGACAGUUUCUCUAGAAAUGGUUUUUUGCAUUUACUAUGCAUGAAUGUUAACUUUUAAUCAUGGGGAAACGUGCAGCCAAUUAGCUUUUAAAGAAAAAAGUGCUAGGAGAAGUUGAGAAGAAUGCUUAGAAGUUUCUACUUCUACUUCAAUACUCUUAAACGUUUUUACAUCUAAGAGAUUAAUAAUGCAGGGGAAAAAAAAAGAAAAAGAAACCAGUAGAAAUAAGAUAAAAGAUUAAUUUAAACAACGUUACGUAGAUGAUUACAAAAGUUUGGGUAACUUUCUGCUCUUAUUAUCAAAGAGAUAAGAUUCCAUUCCCUUAUAGUUGUCAGUUUUGUCCGGAGAAAUUUAUUCUGUUUUUGUCAAUUUUGAUUUGUUGACUUGCAAAGGCAACGUAAACAAACGACAAUAGUUUUACCUUAAAAUCUUAAAAUCAUUAAAAUUUGACGACAUUUAGCAGAAAUCCUCUUCACGUCCUACGACUUAGUCAGUGAAAGCCUCAAAUAAACAUCAAACAAAGGAAUUUUGUGAAAGCUAUUUUGAAUUCUUAAAAAUUUCAAAAACUGUUUGUUGCAAUUUGGUUAAGGUGCUUUAAAAUGUGGGGGUUUCAAAAUAUAACCUGUGCGCAAAUUCAUAAGGAAAUCAAACAGCUAAAUUUUGAGUAAACCAAACAAAUUCAAAAUUUUAGGCUUCUUUUUAACUCAAUGAAUGUCAUAUCUUACCCACCCUAAUAAACGGUAAUGAUCAUAACGACCUAUCAAAACCGUCUUUAGUAACCUUAAAAUCUGCGGGCUUGGCCUUGAAAUUAGUUUAUUCCGGCCUGUUUCCUGCUGUAUUUUUAAAUUAAUUUCAUCUGAUCAUUAGUUUCACAUUUUUUUUCGUACUUUUCAUCAUCUUUAAUUCUUAUCUGUUAUCUUCAUCAUUAUCAUUGUCACUAUUUUGUUACAGUUUAAUAGCUUUAUUUACUUAUUAUUAUUAUCAUUAAAAAAAAAAUUAUUAUUAUCAUUAUCAUUAUCAUUAUUAUUAUUAAUAUUAUUAUAAUUAUUAUUAUUAUUUUUCAAUGCUUCAACACUUUAUUACAACUCUUUUUACAAAACAAAACAUAGAAUAAAUAAAUAAAAAAAAUUACACUACUUUACACAAAAGAGCCAUGGUGAUUAUAUAAUUAAAACUUAUAGUAAGCACAGGAGAGGUUUCCAUAGAGAGUGAAACUUGUUAAUUAGCCCUUUGGAUUGGAAUAUACAUUUAUGUACAAUUAGCUUGCCUUUAACAAAAUCAAAAAAACAGGUCGAUGUUAGGGGUCUUUCGAAUCUCUGAGCAAAAAUGUGUCUCCUUCCCAGUAAAAUAAAAUAACUGAAAAUUAGAGUUCUUUUGUCUUCUGGAUUGUAACUAUAAAGUAUGCUUAAUUCAUCUACAAGGUAACAGUCUCCGCUUUGAUGAUUCCACCAGGAGAUUAUUUUUGCCCAGAAACUGUUAAUUUCGGUACAAUUGACUAGCAUAUGGGGAAGUGUUUCUGAAGAGUUACAAUGAACGCAAAGCGGGGAGUUUGAAAUCUUCAUCUUAUAUAAUUUGCUUCCAUACGGUAAAAUAUUGUGGAUUAUUUUGUACUGGAACAUUCAUAAUUUAGUAUCCUUGGUUAAGCGAAAUGGCAAAGUGUAAAUUGCUUUAAGCUUGUUAGAAUCAAGACCUAGUCUGCAUAGCCUAGAACUAGCCAAAGGUUCCUGGAAUUUCCUUUCUAUUAACCGUUUGCGAAUACUUUUGCAGCUGUUUUUAGCAGUUCGUUUCAACUUCUGCUCACUGAAAUUAGAGUCCAGCCUGAGAGCUGCACGUUUCCAUUUGUCUGGAAUGGCCGUAAUAAGACCGUAGAAAUUAGUAAAAGGCGGCCUAAGGCCGGUUUUCCUGCAGAAGUCUUCAUAACUUAGAAGUUUACUAUAGUCGACUCCCGGUAACUCGAACCCUCUAUAACUCGCACCUCUCGCUAACUCGAAGCAAUUUUAAAUUCACUUCAGAUCAUUUUCUAUAAAAUUUUACCCUCGAUAACUCGAACUCCCGAUAACUCGAACUUUUUUCUAUUUCCCUUGAAGGUUCGAAUUAUCGGGAGUCGACUGUAUUUUCAUUCAAUAAGUCACAGAUUCUUUCUAUACCUACAGCGUGCCAGUCUUUCCAGUAUAUAGACUUGCCCGCUAUGGUUAUAUUUCUAUUAUUCCACAGAAUUAUAUUUCCCGGAUUGGCUCGGUCAUCAUCUCGCUCUCGCGCACCUUGAGCAUCAGCCCAAGAUUAAAGAACGUCUAUAUAGAAGGCUGGCACGGAGUUAAGACUUAAAAGAUUAAUAUCAUAGUUGCAAUAAAAAAGAAAGGGUCCACCAACUCUUCCUAGAUAAAAUUAUGGAAUUGUCAUCUACUGAUUACUUACUCCUUCCUGCAUCCUUCGGACCCAAGCACAUUGCAAAGAUUUGGAAAAAGUUUCAUACUCCGGCAAAUCAAGUCCGCCUUGAUCUUUUGAACCUAUAAGGGUGUCGCUCUUAAUUUUUGGCUUCUUUCCUCUCCAGACAAAAUUAACAAUCAGUCUAUUCACCUUAUCUAUAACAUGAGCGAGUGUGCAAAUGCAGGCAUUCGAGAAAAGCAGUUUUGACAACCCCAGUGUUUUAACUAUUGUUAUUCUGCCAUAUACCGAAAGGUCGUGUUGUGACCAAACAUUAAAAAGUGUUUUAAGUUUGUUUAUUUUAGGGGUGAAGUUUUCCCACUCGCAAAGUUUAUAAUUGUAUGAAAAAGAUGUCCCUAGAGCACAGAUAGGUGUUUCCGGCCACUUAAUUCCAAAGGGAGUAUCCUUCCUGGCUGCAUUUAUCCCGAGCCAUAAUGUUUCUGUUUUUGCAGUGUUUAGUUUGAGCCCACUACAAUCACCGUAAAUGUCUAACAAAUCCAGAAGUUUCCCAAGCGAGAGUUCAUCCUUACAAAACCUGGUGGUAUCAUCGGCGUAUUGGGAUAAUUUAAUUUCUCUAUUGCCGACUAGAAUUCCUUUUUGUUUCUUUACAAGAUCGUAUACAGGCGGAAAGUGUUCCUACAGCUAAUACAAACAGUAAUCCCGACAAAGGACAGCCUUGUCUGACGCCACGUUCUAAUUUAAGCCAACUGGACGUAUAUCCAUAAUUAAUUGUGCAGCUUGAAAUGUUCGAGUAAAGAAUUCUCACCAAUUCUUAAAAUCAUUGCCAAAUUGAAAGACAUCUAAAGCCUUACAGAGAAACGCCCACUCUAAGCUAUCAAAAGCUUUUUCGAAGUCUGUAAAAAGGGCGAUGCCUUCUUGACUUUGCUCUGCUGUGAAAUGUAUAAUAUCCGAUAUCAUGCGGAUAUUUUCUCCGAUAAACUUUCCUUCAAUAUAACCAGUUUGUACGUCACUUAUGAUUGAUGGGAGUACUUUUCUAAGUCUCAAGGCGAGAGCUUUGGUGGCGAUCUUGUAGUCUACAUUCAAGAGUGAGACGGGUCGCCAGUUCUUGAGCAACAAUAAAUUCUUAUCCUUUUUCAGAAUAAGUCUAAUAAUACCUUGUCUUUGUGAGAUCGAUAACUCUCCUUUUACAAAGCCAUAGUUAAAACUGUUGAUCAUUGUACUACUCAAAUGGUCCCAGAAAAAGUUGUAAAAUUCAGCUGUUAGACUGUCUGUCCCGGGAGAUUUGUUUUUCUGAAAGCCUUUCAGCGCAUAUCUGCACUCGCUGUCCGUUAGUAGUCCUUCACAUCUUUCUUUUUGUUCAUUAUCGAGUGUCUUUAUCAUUUCAUUUUGAAAAAACUUAUUAAAUCUAGAAUCAUCAACUUGUGGAUUCUAAGAGGAGUAUAGAUUUUGGUAAUAGCUUUUUUGUUCUUGUAAUACUUCUUCAGGAUCCGAUAUUGAACUUCCGUUGUCUCUUGUCAAGCUGGUAAUACAUUUAUUCUCGUAAUUCCUUUUUUCAAGAUUAAAAAAGUAUUUGGAGCUUCGUUCUCCAAAUGCGUGCCAUCUUGCCUUGGAGCGAAUGCAUGCGCCUCGGGAUCGAUCAAAGGAGAUUUUUUCGAGUUUCGAUUUAACGGUCAUAUGCUCAUUGAUGUGCUCAGGUGUUGAUUGACUGUCCACCAAAUUUUGCAGUCUUUCAGCUUCUUUAGUGAGGAAUUUUUCUUGCUCUCUGCCUUUUUUUGCUUUUGUCUUAGUGAAGGUGAUUGUAAAAGACCUUAUUACGGUGGCCCAAAAGGCUCAAACACAAAUCAAUUUCCCAAAACACAAAUCAGUUUCCCAAAACACAAAUCAAUUUCCCAAAACACAAAUCAAUUUCCCGAAACACAAAUCAAUUUCACGAAUCACUUAUCAGUUUCCGAGCCAAAAGACUGGGCACUACCUUAAUAUGAACGAGAUAGCCUGGAAAGCAGAGUGAGAACUCGGGCCCAGGGUCUUUCGUAUCCAAUAUGGCGACUAUCUGAAAGGGCUGUAUUUUCAUUGUGUUAACCAGGUGUUAACGAGAAAAAUGUUCUGCCAAAGCUGUGGCCAACAAGUUUUAAAUGAAUAUUUGUACUGCUUUCAGUGUGGAACCAAGCUAGACACUGCUAUACCUUCUGUUAGGCUAUUAUUAUCAGCUGAAAACGUGACCGAGAAAGAAGCAAUAGAGGCUUACUUUUAUAGUGGGUUCAGUNAAUAGAGGCUUACUUUUAUAGUGGGUUCAGUUACAGGGUUAUUCUACUCUUCCUUGACAAGUACCAUGACAUGCCAAUGUCUAUGUCAACAUUGAAAAGAAGGUUAUGUGAAUACAACCUUAAAAGGAAUAAAGUGGAUAUAAAUUUGCCUGCCGUUGAGAAAUUAAUCCGAGACGAGAUGGAUGGCCCAGGAGGCAUUUGUGGUUACAGAGCAGUUUGGCAUAUGCUUCGUAUAAAGUAUGGGCUGUUUGUCCCUAGGCAAGAGGUAGAAUCCCUGAUCAGAACGAUAGACCCAGCUGGAGUGGAAGAGAGGAAGCGCCACAGGCUAAAAAGAAGGAAGUAUGAGUCUCCUGGACUAAAAUUAUUGUUGGCACGUUGAUGGUUAUGAUAAACUGAAACCUUUCGGAUUUCCCAUCCAUGGGGCUAUUGAUGGCUAUAGUCGCAUGGUAAUGUGGCUUAAGGUAGAUAGAACCAAUAAUGAUCCAGAAAUAACUGCAAAGUUUUUUUCAGAUUGCGUUGUGGAGGUCGGUGGAUGUCCUUCAUUACUCCGAACAGACUGCGGAACAGAGAAUGUAGUAAUUGCAGGUACACAGUGUUUUUUAAGAGCUGACUGUGAUGAUCAGUUAGCUGGUGAAAAAUCACACCGUUAUGGUCCUUCUACUGUCAGCAAAACCUUUGAAACUAUGAUCGUAGUAAUCUGAUGAAGAAAAAAGAUAAAAUGUUAUUCUGUUGGACGGUUUACCCAGUUCAGCUAUAUAUUCUUGUAAGCUGAAUGCUUGGUCGGAUUCUCUAAGUUUAUUUACUUCUAUCCCGUCUGGGUACAGCAAUUUGUAGGCCAAAGGAGAGCUAUGAGUAAUUUCAUUAGCAUUAUGCUUCGAGUGCUUUGCUACCGCUAACUUUAAUAGCUCCUCCCCAUCCGCUGUUCUACCAAUUCUUACAGGAAGAGAUUUGCCUCGUUGGGGCUUGAGCAUAUUUUCCUCUUCAAUAUAUCGCAUGAUGCCAAUGUUGACGGUUACAGGUGGGUCUUCUUUCUCAAACAUCCUUUUAGUCUUCUUGCUCUUUUUUUUGAAGUGCGACUUUCUCUCUUCUUUUUUAUUGUUCAUAAAGGUGUCCAAAGUAGGUACAGGCUUAGAAGAAAUUAAGGUUAAAUCAGAUGUGGCAAUUCCAGAUGUAGCACACUCAGCUCUCCCUUUCCUACUGCUGGUCGAAUCGGACGUGGAAGAAUGAGUUUCAGUGUUAUUGGACGUAGAGUUUCCACACUUUACGCAAAAUUUAAAAGUAUUCUCCACAACACUGCCGCAAUGACCGCAUGUAGUCGCCAUAUUGGACGCGAAAGACCCUGGACCCGAGUUCGUCACUCUUCUUUCCAGGCCAUCUCGUUCAUAAUAAUGUAGUACCCAGUCUUUUGAAAUUGAUUUGUGUUUUGGGAAAUUGAUUUGUGUUUCGGGAAAUUGAUUUGUGUUUUGGAAAACAUAUUUGUGUUUUGGGAAAUUAAUUUGUGUUUUGGAAAACAUAUUUGUGUUUUGGGAAAUUAAUUUGUGUUUUGGGAAACUGACUUGUGUUUUUAGAAAUUGAUUUGUGUUUUGGGAAAUUGAUUUGUGUUUGAGCCUUUUGGGCCACCGUACUUUUGUCUUUAAGAUCUUUGUAUUUGUCAAUAAGCUGUGGAAUUUUUUUCUGCCAUAGCGGCUGUAUAAUCACUAUCUUCUAAGAGAGAGGAAUUAAAUUUCCAAAAGCCUGGUCCUCUUGGUUGUCGCGCUUUUUUCUCAAUUUCCAUGCACACUGACGAAUGGUCACAGUGUGGAGCAAAAUUAAUUUCGCAUUUAGGCGCGAGAGAUUGUUGUAGAAGUUGCUUUGAUGUUAACCAGUAAUCUAAUCUGCAUUUAAUUUUUUUAUCUGAUGUUCGCCAGGUAAAUUGCUUCUUAUUUGGGUGCAAUUUCCUCCACACGUCUUCCAGAUCUAAACUACACAUUACAGAUUUCAUCUCCUCAGCUACAUGAUAUUUAUGGGAGAAGUCACGGCCUCCUUCCUUAUCUUCUUUAGAUAAAAUAGAAACUUUUGGAGAAUAUUAUUUAGAUGUAAAUAGAAUCGGUGCUGAGCGCCGGAAUCGUUUGGCGCAUAAAUAUUAGCACAAAGAAGCUUCGUAUCAUCAAUUACCACCUGCAAAAUAAGGAUUCGACCAUCUUCGCUUUGCCUUUGGUUUUCUAUCGUUACCAGAAUUUUUGGGUUAAAUAAAAUGGCAGCACCUUUGCUGUGCUUGCUACCGUGGCUGAAAUGAAUUUUACUACCCCAUUCACUGCUCCAUAACUUUUCUUGAUUGUUGGAGCUGUACGUCUCUUGUAGAAAAAUUACUUAAGCAUUCUUAUUAUGAAAUUGUCUGAAAAUAGCUCGUCUUUUUCGCGAACUAUUUAUGCCCCUAACAUUGAGCGUAAUAAAACUUAAUCUGUGCAUAGCUAAUCAUAAUUGUUUAUGGAAACGACCAGCUUGUGAUUAGCGGUUCCCAUUGCGCAUAAGUCACAGAAGGAUAACAAUAACAAUACAAAACAACACAUAGAAACAGUUUACCUCCUCAAAGGAGUUCACGAGUUUGGUCGUGCGGGGUUCCAAAAACCUCAAACUAGCAACAGACGGCGAUUAACGUUCUCCUGCUAAUAGCAUUUUUAUUUUUCCAUUUCACUUUCCAUUUUCUUCAGCUCUUCGUUUCUUACAGUUAUAACUUUGCCUGAGUCCGAAUACUUUAGCGUGGCCGGGUAGGCUUUGAAAACCCUGCAUUCUUGCUCUUCUAGCUUCUUUUGAAGAUGUUUCUUUAAAGGAAUAAGCGCUUUUCGGCUUUCUUGGGUGUCUUUUGCGAAGUCAGCUCCAAUUCCCGUUAGAUUUCCAUGAAACGGAAUAUCUUUAAGUCUAACCGCAGCAUUGGCUAGAAUCUUCGUCUUAUCCGUGUAUUUUAGAAAAGCUACGUGGAUCGGUCUUGGACUCUUUCUGUUUUUGUUUAAUUGCGUCGGAGUACGAUGAGCACGCUCAAUUUCGACGUAUCCACACAAUGUUUCCAAGCCCAUGUGACAGCCACACAAUUAUCGCCUUCUGACGUUUCCGGAAUGUUAUAAAACACCAAGUUAUUUCUUCGGGACCUGUUGCGAAGAUCUUCUACUUCUCUUUCUAAGUCUUCUAGCUGCUUUAAAUCUGCCUUCCGCUUCAUACUUUCUUUCAUUUCAGCAACGUCGUCUUUGACUGCGUUUAAGCCUUUUUCAAGUUCAGUUACAUUGCUUUAUUGGUAAUAUCGUGCUUAAUUGUGGAUAUUUGAUUGUUGAUUUUGUCCAGCAUAUCCAUCAUUUCUAGCUUCUUUCUGUAUAUCUUUCAAAAUGGCGUCGUCAACGAGCACGUGGGCUGAGAUUUCUUUCUCGGAACUUGACACACGCGUUCGUUUUUCGCUCGGUUUUCGUGGCAUUGCUCUUUAAAAAAGAUACGUGUUUAGACGAAAGACUUUCUACUCAUUUGUUUGGGCGAAACCUAUCGUUAAGAAGGCUUGUUCAAGAGAACUCAGAAAAGCGUCUACUCCAUAGGGUCGUCCUCGUCCCAAAAAAGAAAAAAGAAAGAAAAAAAAUUAGUAUUAUUAUUGUCAUCAUCUUUUGUGGUUAUUAUUAUUUCUGUUGUAGGGGGAGAAAGGAGAACCAGGAAUGGAUAAAAACAGUAAUAGUGGUGUUAAAGUAAGCGUAACUUUAUACUUCUUGUUGAAGACAUAAAUGACUAAUUUUCAGAGUCCAAAACAAAAAGGAAGGCACAUAUUUUAUCCUUACAGCAACAAACGACUCAUUCAAUUUUCUUUAGUGGUCCUGUUUCUGCGCCGUUGUAAAUGUUGCUCGGUUUAGGUCAAAUUUGAUUUCUCCAAACCUGCGGAUUCCUUUCUGGUUAAAAACAAGUAUCGCAUGUACCUAAAAAAUCUUUAUUUGUUUUUCUGUUUGUAUCGCUACAAUUAAGGACAAAGUUGUGAUCAGUUCAUAUAAUUACAGAGAUCUCAAGCUAGCUUCUAAAAUAUUAAUAUAUGUUGAUCGUUAAUAAUUACUUUUGAUUUCUCCACAAAGGGUGAGAAAGGAUCACGUGGUGAUAAAGGAUCACAAGGAGAGAAGGGAUCACAAGGACAAAAAGGGAUGCAGGGAACGUGUGAUACAAAGGUUAUUGUCAAAAAACAUUUUUUUUGCAGAUUUUCACACUCUAUAACCUUUAUGCAUUAAUAAUCCUUUUACGAAAGCCAUAUUAAUUCAAUUACCAUAGACUUCAUACACGUGUUGCAUGCACGAUCUCUUCUUUUUCCUGUUAUUUUUAAAGGGAGAAGCGUGCUUGAGUGAGCGGCAAGGCCAUGACAAGUGACAAUCGAGUUUUUUUACUGGUACAAUUCAAGUCAACUCGCAUGUCCCACAAGUUUAAGGAAGAAGAACAAAAUAAUGCUCGCCGUCUAUGUUCACUAACACCAGACAUGACGUUAUCAUUAGAUUAGCACAAUGUCAUUCUGACAGCGGAAGCCUUUUUUUUUAUCUCUUGAUGUCUGAUCAAGGGAGAAGUUGACUGUACGGGUGUUAAACCCUAUAUUUUGCAUAAAUAACUACACUAGGAGAUUGUUAGCUUUGUUAUUAAAUUGUUCUUUGUUGUUUUUAUUUUGCCUUUUAGAGCAAAUUGAAGUGCCGUGUAGCCGGUAGGAGCAAUAUUUAUUACUGCUGUCUACGAUGUACAUGUACAUUGAUUCGUUGGAAAGAAGAGUUCAGCCGAAUUUUAAUUUCAUGAAUACGUGACUCCUUCACAGUAAAAUUGCAAAAACACAACACAUGAGUUACAUGUACCUUUCUACCUUAUUUGUCGAUAUGUUCUAGUUGUUUUUUAGUAUAAUUGCUUGAUAACAAAGAUUUUCAUUUUUUUUUUGUUGUGGAAGAUUACUCUAUUGGAUUCCACUUUCUUGAGAAAGUUCAAGAACUUCCAACCCGAGGAGCAGUAGAUGUGGAACAUUUCACCAUUGAUGAAAGUUUGUUUCUUGCUUUUGCGAACUAUCAUGGGGACAUUAAAAAACACAAGACAAGUUCCAUGAUCUACAAGAUGGACAACUCAACUGGAAGAUUGUCUUUGUACCAGACCCUACAGACAAGAGGAGCUUUUGACCUGGAGUACUUUUCUAUCGCAAACAAACAUUUUCUUGCUGUCGCUAAUCAUCAAGAUGGGACUUUCCGGCUGGAUUCUACAGUCUAUCAAUGGAAUGGAAAGCUGUUUGUCGACUUUCAGAAAUUGUCAACAAACGGAGCAAAUCACUUGACGUACUUCAAGAUAUACGGGGAGAAGUACCUCGCAGUAGCCAACUACCAUGACGGAAGUACCUACUCUACAAAGUCAGUUAUCUACAAAUGGAGCAGCGGCAAGUUUAACAGAUUUCAAGACAUAUCAACUGAAGGUGCCUACGGAUGUACAGCGUUUGUGAUAAACGAUGACACAUUCAUCGCUUUUGCAAACUAUUACAACUCCCAACACAAGUAUUCUGUUCAGUCCACUGUGUUCAAGUGGUCAGCAGGUCACUUUGUUAAACUGCAGUCUCUUCAGACUUACGGAGCGCAGGAUGUGAAGCCUUUCAACAUCAACGGUCACACGUUCCUCGCUUUUGCCAACUACUACCCUGGAAGUAAGUACAACACCGAUUCUUUCAUUUACAAGUGGAAUGGUAACAAGUUUGUCCUGUUCCAGUCCAUUCCUACCCGAGGAGCCAUGGCAUGGUGUCCAUUUGUGAUCAGCGGUCAAACUUACCUUGGUGUAGCUAAUCACCACGGUGAUAGUCUGAAGUACCAAACUCCGUCAGUUGUGUACCAGGCCUCCGGGGCAAAGUUCAUCAAGUACCAAGAGAUUCCAACCCACGGGGAUUAUGGUAUGACUUUAUUCGAGUACAAAGGUCAUACUUACCUUGCAGUGGCAAACUACUACAAUGGCAAAAAGCACAACAUAAACAGCGCCCUGUACAAGUGGGUAUAG